GCCCUCUGGCUCCUUCCUUCAGCGGGCCGAACCGAGGAGGUGAGCGAUGGCCCAGCAGCCGCCGAGUGUUUUCCAAAUAAUGGCAGCGAUGUCUCUUUGAGAAGUUGGCGGAACAAGAUGAGGGGUUGUUUCAAGUUAGUUUGGGAUAUAAACGUUAUAGUACUUUUGACGCUGCUGGAAUUUUCGCCAUUCGCCGUGGGAGGAACGCCAGAUGUCAGGCAAGACUUCCUUAGGCAUGCUCAAAUUCAUCCCCAAGUGCUUGGUCAUGGAAGGUCUCGGCGCGAUGUAUCCACUUUGAAGCAUUCUAAUCACAAAGACGGUUUGCGGGUGACCUUCACCGCAUUUGGCAAGCCGUACACUCUGGACUUGCGGAUGACGAAGGACCUCCUGCCUUUGAGCUAUUUUGAAAAGCACCACAGGAAUGGGAGCCACGUGGUGGAGCGCCCCAUGAGAAAGAACAACAAGCAUUGCUACUAUCAUGGGUCGCUGGAAGGGAGGAAUGACUCUUGGGUGGCUGUGAGCACCUGCAACGGAUUGAGUGGGGUUGUCUAUGACGGGGAAGAGCUGCACUACAUUCAUCCUGAUGAGCGGGGGCACUUGUUUCUCGAGGCAUCGCGCAUGCUGCCAAAACCGUGGAAAUGUGGGUACGACGACACUCAGAGUCUCUGGACCAGCUUCCAUAAGCGGGGCAAAAGGUCCAUUGUAAUGCAGCCCCCUUUUAAGAGCAAUGCAAGGUCUCGCUAUGUGGAGCUUCUUAUUGUAAAUGAUCACAAAGAGUUCCUAAAAAUGAAAAAGAACAAGGAUGCAGUCUUUGAGCGUAGCAAACAAAUAGCCAAUAUAGUGAAUGCGCUUUAUGCCCCGCUGAACAUAUUCAUUGCAUUGGUUGGAGUUAUCGUUUGGACGGAUCACGAUGAAAUUGUCAUGUCAUCGGAUGGCGAUUCAACGUUGAACAAUUUCCUGCAGUACCGGCGGGAGCGCCUUGCUCGAGAGCAUCCAAACGACAAUGCGCAACUAAUAACGGACAUUGUUAUGGACAGUAGCGUUGUUGGCAAGGCACUGAAGGGGCCCAUCUGCACGUACGAAUACUCUGGCGGCGUCAACAUGGACCAUCAUCAGGUGGUGGGAGUGGUGGCGACCACAAUGGCCCAUGAACUGGGCCACAACUUCGGGAUGGAGCAUGACGACAAGGACUCAAAGUGCCACUGCCCCGAGAAGCGGUGCAUCAUGGCGUCUGCAUCGAGCAGCCCGCCCAGCCCGAGCCAGUGGUCUUCCUGCUCGAAGCAGUACCUCCAGUCGGCGUUUGAGCAGGGCAUGGACCACUGCCUGUGGAACCUCCCGGACGACAUUGUGGGGCCCGUGUGCGGCAACGGCUUCCUCGAGGCGGGCGAGGAUUGCGACUGCGGCCCUGUCGAGUUUUGCAAGAAUCCGUGCUGUGACGCAGCCACCUGCAAGUUUAAGGAGCAGGCUGUGUGUGCCAUUGGAGCCUGUUGCGACAUUUCCACUUGCCAGAUCAAAAAGGCUGCCACGCUUUGCCGCGAUGCUGUUACCGAGUGCGACCUCCCAGAAUACUGCGACGGGACCUCGGAGUUUUGUCCUGUGGACGUGCACGUGCAGGAUGGAACGGAGUGCGGAGGUGGCAAGGCCUACUGCUUCCGGAAGCAGUGCCGUUCGCACGAGGACCAGUGCCAGCUGCUCUGGGGGCCCACGGGACGCAUGGCGGACCAGCGCUGCUUCGAACGCAACGAUGUGGGGGCCGUGAACGCCAACUGCGGCUAUGUCCGCCUCAACAAGACCAACAAGAAGUGCCACAGAGACGACGUCAUGUGUGGCAUGCUGCAGUGCGUCCACCUGAAUGAACGGCUGGAGUUUGGCAUUGAGUCGGCGGCCAUCCAGUCCAAGUUUUUCAUCACAGACGAGAAAGGAAGGACCUUCACGUGCCACUCGGUGAUUGUGGACCUGGGCCUGUUCAGUCAGGAUCCAGGCCAGUCCCCCAAUGGUGCCAAGUGCGGCACCAACAAGGCCUGCUUGAACCAGAAAUGUGUUCCCCUCGAGAAGCUGUAUGGUGUCAAGUGUCCGUACGACUGCUACAACAACGGGGUUUGCAACAGCCACGGCAACUGCCACUGCAUGGUGGGUUAUGCACCUCCCUACUGCAACUACCCGGGACCUGGGGGCAGCGCGGAGAGCGGUCCUGCCUCGGACCCUUCCGGCGGCUAUGGCUUCAUGGUGUCUAUGUACAUCAUCUUCCUGUGCAUUGUGCCUCUGGCUGCUGUGACCACCUUCUCCAUCUACUACUUCCGAAGGCACCUGAAGACAUGGUGGAUGACCAAAGCCCGCAAGGCGGCCAUCAAGAGCCGUGCCCAGCAGACGGCCAACCGGCGUGGCAGCAGGCCGCUCUCCAAGUUCAACGUGGACGCAGAGGCCCUGAAGGCGCUCGAGAUCUCGCCUCCCCUGACGCAGCCGAGCUGCCCCCCCGUGCGCCAGAAGAGCUUCCGCAGCGCCGACAUCUCCCGGCCAGUGCUGCAGAGCACGAGCAACAGCCGCGCCGCCCCGAGUCGGCCCGCACCGUUGCGGCCGGCGCCUGCGCGGCCGUCGUCGGUGCAGCGUGCCCCAUCGUGCCCCGCGCAGGGCACCGGGCGGCCGCGCGUGGCACGUUCGGCGAGCCAGCGCAGCACGGGGCCCCGCCCUGCCCAACCCCCUCCGCCACGGCCGCCGGAGGGCACCCUCUACGACGACUGUGCAACUUCACUCCAGUUUGCGGGCACGCCGCUCGCGUUCGUGCACGGCGAGCAGAGCGCACCCCUCUACGCAACCCCCGACCGGCCGGCACCGACGGGCGUGGCGGCGUUGGCGCGAAGGUUCGAAUGCGCCGGCACUUCGCCAACAGCCCGCGGCACAGCGCCGCAGUCGGAGCUGCGACCGUACAAUACGUCGAGCUCGUCCUGAUUUCCCACCUCGUCGGAACGGCCGUUUGGACCCGAUUUGCUUUGAUCGGCCAAGAGUCGCUCAAUACUCUCGGACUGCUGGAACUUGUGAGUUUUUACUUACCGUCGGUCGACUCCACGGAACCGGACGGCACGAUGCUGCAUGUGCCCAAAAUUGUCCCGGUGUACAUUCGUUCCGAAAGCUAGAUGGACGCGAGCGAAACGAGCAGAACCAACUUGCGUUUUUCCCCCAUCUGGGACAGAGACGGGCUCCGACUGGAGCCUCACGAUCAAAAGAACUUAAAAUAUUAGGGGCCCGCUUCUUUAUCUGGCCGUCGUCUAUGGAGAAAGACGUGGACGGAUAUAGGUGCGGCAUUGUGGAGGGUCUCGGUGCUCACCGCAUAUUGAGUGACUUUGGAUUCGGUUGCGACACUGCUCUACACCCGUGCAGAUAGUACGGCUGUACUUUGCUGUACUUGCAACGUACACCGUCUACUCUUCCUGCACUGGUGCGGGGCAAUGCAGCUAAAUGAACUGGGCCCAGUUUUAGUGCAUUGCACUGCCAGAUGCCGUGUACGUAGUGACCGCACGAGCCGGAACGGGGGAGUGCCGGCAUUCUCCGAGGGCAGUUGCGCACGUGCAAAACGCCUGGUCCCAGCUUUUGUAGGCGGGGCAUGGCAGCCGACCGCACCAGAGUUUGCGUCGGCUGGACGGCGACACCGACGGGAAGUGGGUUGUUACUUUGACAGUAUUGGAGCGAGUCUCCGCGUUGGCAAUGUCCCAUAGUAUUUUAAGACGUGUUCCUACUUAAAUCUCUCCGUGUCGCGCACCUCGUCAAAGGAUGUGGCAACGCCCCAUGGCAUUUUUUUUUUCUUCUUUUUUUUGAAAAAGCUGACAAUUGUGCCUCUUUGUUCUUGUUCUGCUGUGUCGACAGUGGGGAUGCAGAUUUUUAUGGAUGUGUUACAGCAGUUGACGCGGACGAUGAAGCUGCACGAAAAGCGAGUCUCUUGGCUUUUGACCCGGUUUCGGUCAUGCUCGGCUUUGGAGUGGCUUUUCGUUGCUGCCGCCUGUACGGAAGGAGCAUCCAAUUAGUAUUUUUCUAGUGUCCUCGAGGCAACCUCCACAAGUGACUGAGUCACGCUGACCAGACUGGGUUGCCUUGCAGCGCGCUGCUCAAGGACACCCUGUAAUAAAAACGGAUGCGCCUUACAAUACACCGCAGAGUGACUUUUGUGACACGUUUAUGCAAGCGCUAUACGUAGCAUCUUUGGAAUUAUCUCAUUGCUCUGGCAUUUAUUGUUUAUACGGAUUAGGCUUACUGAUUUCUAUAUGGCCAUUUGUUUUUCUUCUAAAGUGCGGAAGUUGUGUACCCUUGCAUCGAAUAUUGCUGUUUGGACACUUUUGACUAGCAUUUUGUUUCAGCAGCAAUUUCUCGGAGCCAGACUUUGAAGUGGACAUCACUGCUUCUUGAACAAUUGUGUUUUCACAGUCCCCCAUCAGUAGGCCGUAGAUUUUCUGGUGUUCAUUUAAAAGAAAAGUUGGGAAGAUGUUUUUCGGUGUUAUUUGUUUCUUGAAAAUGGGUGCAUUUCGGUGAUUUAUUUGUACAGACGCUAGAAGCUAUGAUUAUCGAUGAAAAAAUACCUGCGAAAAACUAAGUGUAUUUAUUUUUCAGUUUGUAUACUAUACCUUUAUAACUCUCUACACUUGCCAUUAUGCGAUAGUACUUGGAAACCGUGGACGAUGGCUCUGAGUACGGGCCAAAGUUAAAUUAUUCUUGAAGGUGAGCGGCGGGAGCUUCUUUUUGCGUCCUGCUACUCUUCUGCUCUGCGUGAUGACAAAAAUUCUUCUCAAGAAAAAUGUUCCAGCAAAGAGGAAGCCAAGUUGCUCUUGCUCCUUUCGCCAAUUUUAAUUGUUAACAGCCGUUGGUGUAGUUUCCAACACUGUCAUCCAACUGUGGUCUGACUAGAACAAAGUCCUGAUAUUUCCUGGUGACCGACUGAUUGACCUAACUCUCGUGCCACUGUCCUCUUGCUUGAUUCUAGGUUGGAGAAUGCAUCCAACAGACAUCUGUGGGAGGAUUUCAACAAAAACAGCCCUUGUUCAGAGAAAAACUUUUCAGAAUUCAGUGUUUUUCGUUUUUAAUCAAUUUGUAUUUUUAACACCAGCUCGAUGUGUCUCAGUUUUAACCGAUUUUGUAUUUUUUGACACCGGCAAUGUGUAUCAAUGUUUUUUUGGUUUAGACUGGAAAGUCUAUGGCCUACUUAUCGGUGAUAGCCUUUUCUUGCCUGUCUAUAUUGAUUGGUGAUGGUAAAGACAGAACUCUCGUUUACCAGCUGCAUUGAAAUUUACUAGUUGAUAAGAAUGAUCUACAAAAUGAACAUCGUGCAUCAGCAAAGUCAUAGGAUGUGCAUUGUGUACAUUCAAGUCUGUAACCAUCAUUUUUAUGUGCAUCCAUGUUGUCAUUUUAUUACUAAUUUAUUCAGUGUCAGUUUGAAAUUUUUAUAAUCUUUUCUAGAUUGAUGAGCAUUUGUUGUGCUGGAGACAUUUUAAAUGAUAGGAUGUGCACUGUUGGUUUUAAGAAAUAACGUUGACAGUCCAAUGAACAAGCAAUAGGAUAUGAACAAGAGGUCACCGGAUGUCAAAUGCAUCUCAAUGUAGGCUUACAUUGUGGUGUACAAUAUAGUGAACAAUGUGUGGCUAGUGUUUUUACCGCAGUCUUUUUACUGCACGUGCCAGUGCAGAGAUAGAUACAUUGUAUGCAUGUCACAGUUUUAUUUUGUUUGUUUGUACAUAUGUAUUUACUGUGUUGGGAAGAGCUGAAAUUGUUUCUGCAGAAGCAUAUACUAAACAUGUUUUAUUUAUGUGA